GGGCGAGUGUGGACGGCCGCGCGGUGCUCUCUGGCUCCUCGCCCUGGACUCUCCGGACGUCUCUUCUGUGCGCCCUGCUGCGCUUUGCCCCUCUCUUGGCGUCUAGCGGCGUCUCCUCUCCUCGAGGACAUCCGGGCCCGCUCAGCCGCCUGGAAGAGUAGCAACCUGUGCUCCACCGAGGCUGGCAGUCGGCCAGGGAACGUGAGAAAGAACCGCUACAAAGACGUGCUGCCAUGAGCCUGUCAGGGCCUUGAUGCCCCUGUCACCCCCAAACUACACGUUUCUCACCUCUCCCGCUGGCAGAUGAUCAGACAAGAGUGAUCCUCUCUCUGCUCCAGGAGGAGGGACACGGCGACUACAUCAAUGGCAACUUCAUCCGGGUCAGGCUGGGAGUCAGGAAAGGGGCGGCUGUGGUGGGGGCAACCGCGGGACCUCGGUAGUGAACUCAGCCUUUACCAGGGCACAGACGGAAGCCAGGCCUACAUCGCCACGCAGGGCCCCCUGCCUCACACCUUGCUAGACUUCUGGCGCAUGGUCUGGGAGUUUGGAGUCAAGAAAAAGUGUGAGUGUUACUGGGCCCGAGAAGAGGAACCAUUGCAGACUGGGCUUUUCUGCAUCACCCUGACCAGGGAGACAUGGCUGAAUGCAGACAUCAUGCUCAGGACCCUCCAAGUCACCUUCCAGAAGGAAUCUCGUUCUGUGUACCAGCUGCAGUAUAUGUCCUGGCCAGACAAAGGGGUCCCCAGCAAUCCUGACCACGUGCUCACCAUGGUGGAGGAAGCCCGUCGCCUGCAGGGCUCUGGUCUCAGCCCCCUCUGUGUCCACUGCAGUGCGGGCUGUGGGCGAACAGGCGUCCUGUGCACUGUGGAUUAUGUGAGACAGUUGCUCCUGACCCAGAUGAUCCCACCCAACUUCAGCCUCUUCGAUGUGGUCCUUGAGAUGCGGAAGCAGCGGCCUGCAGCUGUACAGACAGAGGAGCAGUACAGGUUCCUGUACCAAACGGUGGCUCAGAUGUUCUUCUCAGCACUCCAAAAUGCCAGCCCCCAUUACCAGAACCUCAGGGAGAAUUGUGCCCCACUCUAUGAUGAUGCCCUCUCCCUCCGGACUUCCCAGACCCUUCCUGCCAUACCCCGCCUACCUAGCGGGGUCCUCAGGAGCAUCUCAGUACCCGGGCCCCCGGCCCUCGCCAUGGCCGACACGUACGCGGUGGUGCAGAAGCGCGGGGCCCUCUCUGGCACCGGCUUGGGGCCGGGGGCGCGCGGCACGGAGGAGGCGCCGCUCUACAGCCAGGUGGCGCCGCGCGCCCGGCGGCCCCAGGCGCACGCAGAGGACGCGCGGGGGGCGCUGCCCGGCAGCGUUCCUGCUGACCAAAGCCCUGCUGCGCCUGGCGCCUACGAGGACGUGGCGGAGGGAGCUCAGACCGGUGGGCUAGGCUUCAACGUGCGUAUUGGAAGGCCUAAAGGACCCCGGGACCCCCCUGUCGAGUGGACCCGGGUGUGAGCGCUGUGCCCCCGCCUGCCUGCCUGUUACUCCCCCUUGGCGCUUGGACUGCUGACGGCCAUGCUCUGCGGGGGCGGAAUGCUGGGCUUGGAUCAAAAUAAAAGUUUCUCAGGGUGGGAAA